AUGUUUUACUGUUCCUAUGUUAGUAUACACUAUGUUAUCUGUGAAUGUGGCGAUACAUUCCCAACGGAGGACGGAUUGAAGGAGCAUCUCAGAACAGAACACGAUAAUAAAUUAAGGAUAGAGAGAAACGAAUAUAAAUGUGAUACGUGCGACAAGAUCUUUGGCAGUGAGAAGGCCUGUCUGAUACAUCAGCGAGUACACACCAACCCUCGACUUAGACGAGACCGAGAUAUCGACAAAAAGAAAUAUUACACACUCAAGAACAUAGUGUGUGAAGUGUGUGGUAAACAAUAUGCUUCAAACGCAGCUCUUCGAUAUCAUCAACGUGUCCACACCGGAGAGAGGCCGUACCGAUGCUCCAUGUGUCCCAAGAGCUUCACCAUGCCCCUAUUCCUACAGAUUCACACUCGAACUCAUACCGGAGAGAGGCCGUAUGAAUGUCAGCACUGUCCGAAAGCUUUCAGCAACAAGGCAGCCUUACUGAGACAUGACAGGGUCCACACGGGCGUCAAGCCAUAUGAGUGCCCCCAAUGCGGAAAGUUCUUCACUCAGUCUAACUCUAUGAAGCUGCAUGUGAGGACCGUGCAUCUAAAACUACCGGCUCCUUACAAGAGUAAGAACAGGAAGGGGAAGAGUAGGAACGCGUCGUCACUGCAGGAGACAUUGGAUGGUUUACAUUCUGAAGAGUUUGUGUCUCAAGUGAAGACGGAGAGGGAUUAUGAAGAGAUAUACCAAGAGACGGACGGAUAUCAGGUUUAUCAGAGUGAAGAGAAUCCGUACGGAGAGAUCAAGGUGGAGAGUUCAGAAGUAGAGAUGUAUGACAACGAGGAACAACUGGAAGUAUUGUACGAGGAAGUGUAUGAAGUACAGGAAGUGUAG